CCACAAAUCCAACUCCGCUUCUCUGCCAUGCUCUCGAAGGCUCUCUCUCUCUCUCUCUCUCUCUCUCUCUCUCUCUCUAGCUCCGAAGGGCUGUGCUUCUGCUCUUUCACUCUCUCUCUCUGUCUCUCUCUUCAGCUCUGUGCGUGUUGGAAGGUUUGAUUGGAUGCUGACAGUGUGAAGUUUCUUGGCGAUGUGUGGACCAAACUGUGUGCGUCGAUCUGAAUUCGGUUUCGGUUUUGCGAUUAACUGUGGCUUCUUCAGAGAUGUUUGAUUGGAACGACGAGGAGGAUGGUGGAAGUCAUGUCCAAAUUUGUAAAAGAUCAUGAAGCUUCAAGAUUUGUAGUUGUCCAAUGAGUGCACAUUAAUCCUCAUGCAGUUAUUGAUUUUGUCUCUAUAUCUCUGAUAUUUAUGCAAUCUCAAGAAGUGAUAAGCCACUGAGCUGACAGAAUCUUCUUCUAUUACCUUCAGUGAUCUUUUAACUUGCAAACAUAAUAUGGGGUGAGGCAGGUGAGAGUGAUGAUCAUAUUGUGCCUUAUAACGAGGCAAGUGAUGAUUAUUGCAACAAGAAGGAAUGGAAACAAGAAUCUCACACCAUGAAGCCUACCGAACAGAAGAUCCAUGGGUCCAAAAUUGACUUGCAAGACAGAAAGUUGGAAAGCAGUUCCAAUUUUGAUAUGGGUGAAGGAAUUUCUACCUCUGAAUUUGGAAUGGACUCGUGGCCUGAUUUAUCAUUGUCUAAUGUUGCAAAAAGUGAACAACAUUGCAUAGCUGAGGGAAUCCAACUUGAUAAAGAUGGUGAAAUUUUUCAAAACUCCAAUGAAGGUAAAGAACAAGGUGAUCUUGUUGACUACGGAUGGGCUAACAUUGGAAGUUUUGAUGAUCUUGAUCAGAUUUUCAGCAAUGAUGACACUAUAUUUGGCAACAUAAGUCUUGGUAAUAAUGAAGAGCUAUGGUCUUCUAGAGAUGCAACUAACAGUCCAAUCAAAGCCUUUCCUGUAUCUUCAGAUUCACAGAGUUUCACAUCAGGUGCGGUAACAAAUGCUUCUGAGCAUUUGGAAAUUAAAUCAGACUAUAUGCAGAAAGAUGACCAGUCGAUCAUCCCAGGCAAUGGGAAUAUGGAUUAUUCUACAGGUCAUGGUCUGCAGAAUGUGCAUGCCACACUUGAUCAAGUAGAAUAUGCUGCAGUUAAAAGUAAGCCUGUGGACAAGGAAGAGUCAGAUAUGGACACAGGAAAAAGCACUUUGACGAAUCCUUACCUGAAUGCUGAAAAUUCUUUUUUCCCAAAUGAAAUAGCUGAUAAGGUUUCUAGGCAGAAAAAGUUAAUGAGGUGUCGUAAAAAGUUGGAGGAAAAAAAUGAGGAGAAAUCAGUGCAAGAUUUUUAUGGUACUUGGCCUUCAUCAAGAACCCCUUCUGGACAUUUUGAAAACCAAUCGGAACGCUUCAUGGUACAAUCUUCUCCUUCUGCAGCUCUCAGUCAGAAGAGACAGCUUCAAGGACCCGAGUCUUUACCCUACCAGCAUAUCUCAAACCAAAGUGUGGCCCAGUCUAUGUAUGGGAACCUCACUAAUCCAUCUAUCCAUGUGUCAUCUCAAAUUCAGCCUGGGGAAUUUAAGCAUCAAAUUUUGUUUUCUGGUUGUGAAGUUUCUCCUGGAAAGGCAAAUACUAUAAACAAGUCAUUAGAUACUUCUGCAAAGCCGCUAACCAUGUCACCUCAAGAAAAAAUUGAAAAGUUAAGGAGGCGGCAGCAACUACAGGCAAUGCUUGCUAUUCAGAAGCAACAGCAACAACUUAGUCAUCAAAUCUCUAGUACCACUCAGUCUAGCUCUCAAAAAUGUCCGCAGGAAAAUCAAAUUCAGCACUUUGAGAGAGCUGAUCUGGAAGUUGAAGGCUUAAGUACUCUUCCUUCUCUGGACCCAAACUCAUCCAUAGAACAAGAUGAUUCCGAUAUGGUUUCUGCAGCAGUUGAUGAUCACUCAGCGGAGGAUACAAUACUUUAUAGGCUUCAAGGUAUUGUAUCAAAGUUGGACAUCAAAAUAAGGCUUUGCAUACGGGAUAGCUUGUUCCGGUUGGCUCAAAGUGCAGUGCAGAGGCAUUAUAAUAGUGAUACUAGCAGUUCAAACAAAAUUAGCAAGGAUGAGGAUGAAGUUGUUGCAAAGGACGAAAUCAAUAGUCAUGACAGGUUUGGUAGGAUACCGGAUUUGGAAACAGAGACCAAUCCCAUAGAUCGAACUGUGGCUCAUUUGCUCUUCCAUAGACCGUUGGAUUCAUCCGGAAAAAAAUCCGAUGCAUCUGAAUCACCUACUCCUACCAAGUUGCCGUGUGAAUGCAAGACAGCAGGCUUAGUGAACUUGUCAAAUGAAUGCUUUACUGACAGUGUGAAGAUCAAGCAGUGCUUUCCUCGCCAAGGAUCUGAAAGUUGUUGCCCAUCGGCUGAUCCCGGUUCUGUGGACCAGUUUAAAAAUAGUCAUUUGAUGGAUAUCUCGGAAGACGCAUCGAACAAUGGUCCGGCACCAGCCCAUGGUGGAACUGUGAAGGUUGAAGCUUCUCUGUGAGCAAAUCUUUGCGCCUCAGAACUCGACAAGGGUAUAAUUCCUUCCUUUAUCUCUCCCAUGCUUGUUAAUACUUUAAGACGUUUCACGUACAUGGAUGUAUGGAUUUACUGGUAAUGUGGAGAUUUUCUUUCAAUGUCUUAGUGUUCGUGGGAAAAGGCUUUGUUGUGUUGUUGUCUUAGUGUUUGUGGAGCUUCAGUCUCGGACAUCAAUCAUUACCGAUGGGGAGUGUCCUGUAAAUCAUUGUGCUCUGUAAAACUGGUUGCAUGCAUAUAUAUAUAUGCACGUUGCAAGAGUUAGUGUCGUAAGAUUAGCCGGUGUGUUUCCUUUGAACAUAUUCAAGGCAAUACUUGAGACCUCUGAAAGUAAUAUUUUCUUGUACGAAGGGCGGGAGCCAGUGCACAUUGGAUCCGUCUCUUCGCCUCUCUUCGGCUUUUAAGAAAUUUAUACGUUCAGAUGGUGAAAAUAAA